CUACAUUCAUUUAACUUAUCCACUAGCUCAAUCGAUUCAAUCUAAUCUUCUCCGUGCUCAACACUGAAAUGCCCUCCCUUGUUGGCCGCGAAGUCGGUGCCACUGGCUAUGGCACAAUGAGACUCACCUGGACCCCCACCCCACCCCCUCAAUCCCAGAGUUUCGAAACCCUCGACACAACUCUCGCCCACGGCGCCAACUUCUGGAACGCCGGUGAACUCUACGGUACCCCCGAUUUCAACUCUCUGCAUCUCCUGCAUGACUACUUCUCGCAGUACCCUGAGAAAGCGGACCAGGUGGUGCUCAGUAUCAAGGGUGGGUUGAAGCCGGGACAAUUGCUUCCUGAUGGGUCGGAGGAUAAUAUCAGGCGCUCGGUGGAUGAGUGUCUGAGGGUGUUGGAUGGGAAGAAGAAGGUUGAUAUCUUUGAGUGUGCUAGACAGGAUCCCAAUACGAGUGUUGAGCAGACGGUCACCAUUCUAGGGAAGCUCGUGGAGGAGAGAAAGAUCGGGGGCAUCGGGUUGAGUGAGGUUGAUGCUGAGACUAUUCGACGGGCAGCCAAAGUGGGUCCUAUCGCGGCUGUCGAGGUCGAAUUCUCCCUCUGGGACACUUCUAUCCUCGAAAACGACAUCGCAAAAACCUGCCACGAACUCAACAUCCCCAUCGUCGCCUACUCCCCUCUCGGCUGGGGUGCGCUCACCGGCGCCUUCACCAGCAAAGACUCCUUCCCUGAGGGCGACUACCGGCGCAACCUGCAAAAGUUCCAGGAUGAGUAUAUGGUGCACAACCUCAAGCUGAUUGGGGAGGUCAAGAGCCUUGCUGAGCGGAAGAGUGUGGCGCCGGUCCAGAUUGCAUUGGCUUGGAUUCUCACGCUAAGUGAGAGAGAGGAUAUGCCGACUAUUAUCCCAAUUCCGGGCGGUUCUACGAAGGAUAAAGUCACGCAGAACUUGAAUGGAGUGCUGCGGCUUUCGGAGAGCGAGAUGGCAGAGAUUGAGGGAAUUUUGAAGGAGAAUGGCGUUGUUGGGAAGCGGUACUAUUAGGUGUACUAGUAUGGUUGUAAAUGUCUGUAUGAAUACUCUUUUUAUGUUAGCGGUGUAAUUGACUAGCAAUGUGCUUUGACACCAGGAGAAGUUGGCAAUCAGAUCAAGUGUAGAAUGUCGACAUGCAAUCUCACAGCUCACUUGGAGAGGAGAUUGUCUGUAUUGCAGAAUUCUUUUUUUUGUUCAUCAUGCAGGUGACUAGCUUGUGAAAUAAGUCGCACUCACCAUUAGUUAGCCAUAGCUCAUUCUCAGCGUAGGGUGCAUAGUCUCAUCCCCAUAAUUAUGUGGGAGAGUUGUUGUGGGAAAG